AUGGCUUCCUCUCACACUCCUCGCUAUACUCUCACUAACAAGGCCCGGCCAUCGGCCUGGGAGAGUCCCUGCCGCUUGCGUUCGGGCUCUGGUGACUUGCCACCACCAACCCGUUCCUUCCCUCUCCCUCCACGUGCUGACGGUGGUGACUUGCCAUCACCACCCAGUGCCUUCCCUCCCCCUCCACGCCCUCGUGGUCGUGCCUCACAAGCCGCUACCUGGCUUCGUGGCUCUGGUGCUUUGCCAACACCACCCACACCCUCACUGCCACCCUCCUCCCAGCCACCCCAGCAGCCAAGGGCCCUUGCUGGCAACUGGCGAAGUGGUACCACCACAAAGCCACCAGCAGCCGACUGGAUCGUCGGCAGAGUAGUCAUGCUGCCUGCCGAGGAACAACUCCCGGCGUCCAGCAUCGCCCGCACGUACGAGCUGGGCAAUCCCUGGAACCAUCCUGCCGUCAUCACCGAGCGGUGGGUGGCCUCCGGGGUCAAGUUCGUCAAGGUACGAACUUGCACGACUUUCGGUGGGCGUGGUAUCAACCACAAGCAGGCCCACCACCACCGCUACUUCGUGGAGGGUGACAAGGGCCACCUGACUGACGACUCCGACGAGUUCGUCAAGCAGACCUACGUCAAUUGCUCGCCAGACAACGAGCUCACCAUUGAGCACGAGCACCUCCACCGGUACAUUGCCAAGGGCAAGGGUGACAUCCAGUUCAGCCCAGCUGCACUGGUUGAAUUCAACAAGAACGAGGGUCGACGUGACAGCUGUUUCUGA